AUGACAGAAGAACUAAAAAGAAUCUAUUUUGAUGAGGAUGGCAAUAUACAAUUUGGAGACCAAUUUCUAGAAGAAAUAGAUCAAGAACAACAAAAGAAAGAGAUGGGUACAUUGGAAAGACUAGUCGAAAAAUUAAUUGAAAAUACACAAACAAAUGGACAACCAAGUUUGAAAAAUAUAGCAGACAAAUUUGUGAUUGAUAAAUUUACAAGUAAAAAUUCCAAUGCUAAUCAAUGGAUAGAUAUUUUUGAAAAAGAAUGCACUCGUUUUAAUGUUGAAUCAAAUGAGAAAAAAAUCGAAAUACUUAGAUUAUUUAUGGAUAAACCCUGUGGAGAUUGGUAUAGUUCAAUGAUUAUAAAAUUAACAAUAAACUCAGAAUGGUCGGAAUGGAAAAAUAAAUUUUGUGAAACAUUUGCAAAUAAAGGAUGGAAUCCUGUAACUUACGCUAUAAAUUAUAAAUACAAGGAGGGUGCACUAUUGGAUUAUGCAAUGAAAAAAGAAAAACUUGUAUUGGACAUGAGAAGAUCAAUUGACACAGGUACUUUGAUUGAUCUUAUUGCCGCUGGCUUACCAGAAUUCAUUUUGAAUAAAAUCGAUAGAGAAACAUUGAAAGAUACCGUAGAUUUAUUUAAUGAAAUCAGUAAAUAUGAAUAUACAAUAAAUAAAAAAAAUGCUUGGAUUAAGAAAAGGAAUGUAAAUUUUCAAAAUAAAAGUAAACAGGAAGAUUAUAAACCCUGUAAAAUAUGUGACAAAUUGGGUAAAGGUGCUCGAUAUCAUCCUGAAGCUACAUGCUGGUUCAGAAUAAAAGAGGACGAUAAAGUUCAAAAAAACUUUAUAAAACAUGUAAACAAUUCGGUAAUUGAAGCUGAGUUAAAUGAAACAGAUAAAAAAAACGAGUAA